AUGAAUUCAGCCAAGAUUCUGCAGCAACGCGCUGAAAAGACAGCCCAGCUCUACUCGGAUCCUCACAACCCACGUCUUCAUCUGGAACGGGCCCUCCUCCACGAGAAGCUGGGCUUCCCCGAUCUAGCAGCAGCAGACGCCUAUCGUGCCCUGUCAUUGCUCGAGUCUGUCAUUGAUCCAGAUGGAUCUGAGUUCCAUGCUCGCAAGAAGCUGGAUUCUUCUGCUGCAGACGGUCGGGUCCCGACAUCCAACGCUGAUGUUGACAAUGAAGAUCAAGAUGAAGAUGACGAAGAAGACGAUGGGACAAUCCCCGUUACCCAAGAAGAGUACAACACCCUCAUCGGCGACGUCUACUCUGUCUUCGUGCGUAGUCUCGUCCAAUGCGGCUGCUACCGCGACGCAUACGAGUUCGGUGUACGUGGAAGACAAUUGCUGCACGAGCUUGCUACCCCCAGUGAUGACAACGAUCAUACAUCUGCUCUAUCAUCGGCUGCGGCCGAUGUCCUCUCCGACCAACUUGAAAACAUAAAACAGGUCUACAAGACUCGCACCAAUUGCACCGAAACAGACUUGCACUCGAUCGACCCGAGCCUUCUCCCAGCGCAGGGCUUUGCGCGCCGAGUCCUCUACCCAUGGAACGAGCACGAACCAGACCGUAACUCGCCGGAGAAGUUACACGUCCUAAACGAGCGUUUGUCAAAGGUUGCACCAAAAUGCGAAGUGCGUGCCGUGGCGCUCCCGGCGCUGCGCGACACGGAUUCUCCGACACCAGACUCAAACGAGGUUUCUGUGCAACUGGGUCUCUUCGCGAAAGAAGACAUCGCACCCGACGAGAUCAUCUUGCGCGAAUCUUCGCUUCUAACUGCCACCAAUCGUCUGCAUGAUGAUAUCUGCGAUGCUUGCCAUGCUCCCCUGCCUGAUCUUUCGGACCCGAACCCCCCGGUUGCGUGUGACGGUGGUUGCGCGGAUACAAUCUUCUGUUCCCAGGACUGUCACGAUGCCGCGCAGAAUGUCUACCAUGGCGCUAUCUGCGGCCUGGAAGACGGGCUAGAGUCUAUUGGGAAGGAUAUCCCCGACCCCAAGGAUAAGGCCGACUACCUCUAUCUACUUUUGCUGGGCAGAGCACUGGCAAUGUCCGCGACGCAGGAUGUGCAUGCGCUGGAUCUGCCGGAGGUGCAGUAUAUCUGGGGUGAUUUCCACGAGACCGCUACGCUGCCCUUCUCAUUCCAGCUUAAUAUCCUGCAACCGAUGCGUCUUCUCGAAGAAAUGGAACUGGAUCCGUACGCUCUUCUGGAAAAAUUCGAUACCUGGGUCUUGAAUACGCUGUACGCUAAAUUCCGCGGCACAGCCUCCGGCCGUCUUUCGACUUGGGAUGGCGGGCCGGAGGUGUGUGCUGUGCAUCCACUGUGGUGUCUGGCGAAUCACUCGUGCGAUCCGAAUGUGCGCUGGGAAUGGGGUGGAGAGAUUACGUUCCGUGCGAGGACUGCAGACGAGAAGCCUGUUUGGGAGAGAAAUUUCAAGGGCGUGCAUCAGACGCGGCCGGCUGGGUCUGGGGGGAUUGGGGCCAAUGUGGAGAUUCUGAAUCAUUAUUGUGAUAUUGGGUUGGAUGUGAAGCAGCGGAGGGAGUGGGCUUGUGGUGCUCUGGGCGGUAUGUGCCGGUGUCAGAGGUGUUUGUGGGAAGCGGGCGAGGUUGAGAAUGUUGGAGAUUCUUGA